GUCAAGCCUGCAUUAUUAGGCCUUGUGAACAGCCAGCACAAAAGAACUUGCAAAGUUGCAACCAACCAGCAAACAAAACCCCCCCAAGGUUUUUAAACUUCCUCCGUUUCUCUGUCUCCAAAAUAAAUCUUAUUCAAAUCCCACUCUGAAUCUGUCCCCUGUCGGACUAUAAAAUCCUCCAUAGCCCCCCUCCUCUCUUUCAGAGCUUCACAGAGAGAGAGAGAGAGGGAUGGGAGCGUGCGCCACGAAGCCGAAGGUGUCGAAGUCCGACAAGGAUGCCGUUGAUGCCCCAGUGCCGGCGCCAGAGGAGGUUGUGGCGGGAGUGGACUCAGAGACGACGGCCGAGGUAAAGAAAGAGAAAGAGGUGGUGGUUGCGGCUGGAGCAGUGCAGGGUGAGAGUGUGAAGGAGGUGGUUGAUGUGGAAGGAGGCAACAUACCCCGUUCUUUGAGUCUUUUGCUCGAGGAGGACAAUCAAAAGGCGAAAGCUGAAAGUGAAAUGACAUCCUCGGUGACGGCAGAGACGCCAGAGUCCUCAUCGGAGCCCCAAGCCAAAACAGAGGAAUCAGAGACCAAGCCACCCGAAUCGCAAGAAUCGGCUAUUGAAGAGCAGCAACCGGCCCCUGCUGUUGCCACCGUCGAAGCUGCAGAAGCGGUCGAGAAAGAGAUGGCAAUUGAAUCUCCUCCCGCUCCGGCGGCGGAACCCACUGAGAAGAAAACCGAAACGGCCAAAGCAAUUGCCAAAGAGGAAGCCAAAGAAUAAUAAUGCAGGGCUGUUAUUAGCUGGACUGGUUGGCCGGAGCUCUUGGUCUUAAAGCUUGUUGGUCCAUUGCUUGUUGUCAAAUAGUGUCUUUAUUUUUCGGAUUGAUCAUAGUGUUUUGUUUAAGGUAAUUUGAUAGGAAUUUGUUCUUAUGUUCUCAUGAGGACAAGAAUGCAGAGGCGUCUGUUGCCUUUGUUUUCAGGUGGGUCAUGGGAUAUUGGUAUUCUAUUUAUAUUCCCUUUUGAUUA